CACCGGGCUUAAGUUGAUACCGAAGUUUAUCUAACAAGACGACGACGACGGUGUCAGUUCUCUUGCUCUUGUUAUUCAGGGCGAUUUCAAUCAUCUGCUUCGUUGAAGAAACAAAUUUUAGAUGAAAAUGGGUGUGUUGCGAUUUGCUGUCAAAGCUACCGCUGCCAGCGGAAUUACAUAUUACACCAAAGGACUUUGGUCCGAACCUGAAGACAGCAUGAAACUUUAUUGCAAAAUUUAUGACACUGUUACACCGUAUGUAGAAAAAAAUAUCCCCAUGGACGUCGUUCCUAAGCUUCCAAAACUACCAAACGUGACAGACAUCAUGAGCCUGGUAGAAACUAUGUGGAAUAAAGGUAUCAUCACAUCGUUCAAGUUUAUAUCUGAACUUUCCGAACAUACGUCUAGAGGUAUUGAAGUAAUUGGAAUCAAGGAAGCCAUUUCCAGUGCCAUAGAUUCGUUGAAUGCAGCUGAAAAAGCAGGCAGAUCUUAGUAAUUGAAUCCAUAAAACUAAUAUUGAUACAUAUGUAUUUAUUUCCAGAUUAAAUAGUGAAAAUUUAUAGUUCUA